AUGGCGACAGUGUUUGAACAGGCGCUCAACAACGGCACAGUGCUCGUCCGCGACUUUAUCAAGAGCACACAGCAGAACGAUGUCGCCGGACUGUACGCGGGUGUCAACCCCGCCCAGCUCAACUGGCUCGAGGUGGCGUGGAUGAACUGGUACUCCUGGGUCGGAAACACCACCCUCGCGACCGGCAUCAUGUCGUUCGUCAUGCACGAGGUCGUCUACUUCGGCCGGUGUUUGCCAUGGAUGAUCAUCGACUACAUGGGAUGGUUCAAGCAGUACAAGCUGCAGGCGGACAAGGUUCCUUCGGCGAAGCAGCAGUGGGAGUGCACGAAGGAGGUGCUGAAGACGCACUUCUCGGUCGAGCUGCCUCAGAUUUACCUCUUCCACCCCAUGGCUGUCGCAGUCGGCAUGAAGACGUGGGAAGUCCCGUUCCCGUCGUUCUUUGGCCAGAUCGUGCCGCAGGUCAUGCUCUUCUUCUUCAUGGAGGACUUCUGGCACUACACUGUUCACCGCAUCAUGCACCACCGCGCUCUCUACAAGCACGUCCACAAGGUCCACCACACCUACUCCGCGCCCUUCGGCCUCGCCGCCGAGUACGCCCACCCUAUCGAAGUCCUCGUUCUCGGUCUCGGAACAGUCGGCGGUCCUCUGCUCUGGUGCUACCUGACCGGCGGUAACAUGCACCUGAUCACCAUGUACACUUGGAUCUGCUGCCGCCUCUUCCAGGCUGUUGACGCCCACUCUGGCUACGACUUCCCUUGGUCGCUCAACCACUGGCUGCCCAUCUGGGCCGGCGCUGAGCACCAUGACUACCACCACGAGAAGUUCACCGAGUGUUACAGUUCGAGUAUGAGGGUGUGGGACUGGCUUCUCGGCACCGACAAGAAGUACCACGCGUACCGCAAAGCGCAGGCCGAGGCGAAGAAGGCGAAGAAGGCGCAAUGA